AUGCAGGCUUUGAGGGAGAGUAUGAGUUAUGAAUUGAUUGAGACUCCGUUAGAGUCAAGUUCUCAAAUGCCCGGUGAGAGCAAUACAAGAAAUCGUGCAAGUGGAAGUCGUGGAGGUCGUAGAAGUCGUCAUCGCACUCCGAUGGAAGAGACUCAGCUACCACUAACAGCAGCAAACUUGGAGACGGAUUUCCAGUCUCCUAUUGGUUUCAUUCCUCAAGGUCCUGUACUUACUCCUGGUGGUGGACAUGUCAAUUUGGAUGCAUUUAGGCAAUCCGUAAUUUAUACCCCAACAGUUCAACAUUUCACCGAUUUCAAGCACCUCCAAUGGCUCCGGAAAAUUUCGAUCGCGUCCCAUUGGAAGACCAAGAAGGUUUUACCGGUCUCUUUCAGAGGUUUAGCUUUCAGCGAGUGGUUUGAAGCACUAAACGCAGUGUUAUCUGCAGAGCAUAAAAAAGAGACGUGUUGUUAUCUUUACCAUCAUCAGGUUUUCAAUGGGAGAAAAAAAGCUGAAGAGGCUGGAACAGCCAAAACAGGUAAAACUGCUACAAAAGAUGGUAAGAAGGAGAAGUUAUCAGUUUCGGCUAUGCUUGCCAGUAUGGACCAAAAGUCUGAGAAACCUAAGGGUUCCUCCUCUGCCACUACUAGCAAGUCUAAAGCAAAAGUAGCCCCGAAACGCACAUCUUAUACUGAUGACAUAGAUCUUCCACCAUCUGAUGAAGAUGAGGAUGAGUUGUCUGAAGAAGACCAACAAAAUAAUCCCAGUGGUAAUGUUCCUGGGAAAUCUAAUCGCCAUGCUGAUAUAAAGCCACUUGAAGCUAAAAGAAGAACGAAAGAAGAGAAAAGAAAGAAGGAAAUGCUGGCUGCCGAAGCUGCAGCUCGGGCAAAAAAAGAGGCUCUUAGGGAUGAUCGUGAAGCCUUCAGUGUUGUCAUUGGUAGUCGUGCUUCGGUCCUUGAAGGUGAAGAUAAUGCUGAUGCUAAUGUUAAAGAUAUUACAAUUGAAAAUUUCUCUGUAUCGGCACGGGGUAAAGAGCUUCUCAAGAAUACAUCCGUGAAGAUUGCCCAUGGGAAGAGAUAUGGUUUGAUUGGACCUAAUGGAAUGGGGAAGUCCACGUUAUUGAAACUUCUUGCUUGGAGGAAGAUUCCCGUGCCGAAAAAUAUUGAUGUUCUUUUGGUUGAGCAAGAAGUAGUUGGUGAUGAUAAAUCAGCCCUUGAAGCUGUCGUCUCGGCCAAUGAAGAACUCGUCAAACUCCGUGAAGAAGUUGCGGCUUUGCAAAAUUUAUCUCUUGACGGGGAUGAGGAAAACAACAAUGAAGAUGACGACACAGGUGAAAAACUUGCUGAGUUAUAUGAGAGGUUGCAGGUGAUUGGGGCUGAUGCAGCUGAGUCUCAGGCGUCAAAGAUACUUGCUGGAUUAGGUUUCACUAAAGAUAUGCAGGUGCGAGCCACACGAUCCUUUAGUGGAGGGUGGAGGAUGAGAAUCUCAUUAGCUAGGGCACUGUUUGUCCAGCCAACCCUUCUACUACUUGAUGAACCCACCAACCAUCUUGAUCUUCGUGCUGUUCUCUGGUUGGAAGAAUACCUGUGUCGUUGGAAGAAGACACUUGUUGUGGUCUCUCACGAUCGUGACUUUCUGAAUACUGUUUGCAAUGAAAUUAUCCAUCUUCAUGAUCUGAAGCUUCAACUAUAUCGUGGAAAUUUCGAUGAGUUUGAAAGAGGGUAUGAGCAACGUCGCAAGGAGAUGAAUAAGAAAUUUGAGAUAUUUGACAAACAGGUGAAGGCUUCAAAAAGGAGUGGAAAUCAGGCUCAGCAAAAGAAGGUCAAAGAACGGAUUGAGUAUAAUAAUAAGAAAGAAUCGAAGAGCAAAGCAAAGGGGAAGGUUGACGAGGAUGAACCUGUGGCGGAGGCCCCAAAGAAGUGGAGAGACUACGAUGUACAGUUUCAUUUUCCAGAGCCAACCGAACUUACCCCUCCUCUCAUGCAGCUUAUUGAUGUGAAUUUUAGUUAUCCAAACAGGGAUGAUUUCAGGCUCUCCAAUGUUGACGUUGGUAUUGAUAUGGGCACCCGAGUAGCAAUUGUGGGCCCAAAUGGAGCUGGAAAAUCUACUCUUCUUAAUCUUCUUGCUGGUGAUUUGGUUCCCACGGAGGGGGAGGCUCGAAAGAGUCAGAAGUUGAGAAUCGGGAGGUAUUCACAGCACUUUGUGGAUCUAUUAACAAUGGAGGAAACCCCUGUCCAGUAUCUUCUUCGGCUUCAUCCUGAACAAGAAGGUCUUAGCAAACAAGAGGCUGUUCGCGCGAGUCUUGGAAAGUUUGGGCUUCCCAGCCAUAACCACCUUACACCAAUUGUGAAAUUGUCUGGUGGGCAAAAGGCUAGGGUUGUCUUCACUUCAAUCUCCAUGUCAAAACCACACAUUCUGCUAUUAGACGAGCCAACAAACCACUUGGAUAUGCAGAGUAUUGAUGCACUAGCAGAUGCUUUAGAUGAAUUCACAGGUGGUGUUGUGUUGGUUAGUCAUGAUUCCAGGCUAAUAUCAAGGGUCUGUGAAGAUGAAGAGAAGAGUCAGAUUUGGAUAGUUGAGAAUGGGACCGUAGAAUCUUUCCCUGGGACGUUCGAUGAAUACAAGGAAGACCUUCAAAAAGAGAUCAAAGCGGAGGUGGAUGACUGAUGUGUUAUUUAUGGUUCAGGUAUGGUUGUCUCGGUUAUAUUAUCCAGUGUUACUGUACUUCUCUUCAUCAGAUAAAUUGCAUGCACUCAUGAUCACAUUUGUUCCAAAUUUGCGCUUGUCUAAACAUAUCCGUCGAAGACAUGAUACGGUGAAACAAUUGCUCUCUAGUGGAAUAAUAUCGAUCGUGUAAAGUCUAAAGAAAACCUAGCGGAUCCAUUUACUAAAUUAAGUGGAAAACCUCCUACCAGACUCCCCCUUAGGGCGGAUGGAAUGUCUUCUGGUUUGAAGUAGUAGUUUUAUGUAGGAUUUGAAACAAUAUUCUGUAUGUAGUUUCUUGUGUUUGAUUGGAUUAACAUUAAGUUAAAACAUGGAAAUACCCUACUGUAUGUCUGGUGGGGCAGUGGAUGUGGAUCUACUCCGUUGUUUCGGCCCUAAAAUUUGUUUCCUGUAUUAAAAACAAGGCAACCUAAGUCGCAUGUAGUUUAUUGUGAAUCUGUGAUAUACACUAUCCUGAUAUAGUUUGUACUUCUGUAGUGGGAUUUCUUGUUUUUCUUCU